ACUUGUUUAUUUUGACGUGGACCUGUUUGUCGUCGGCGCAAGUUUAAAAACAAAACUGGAUUGCGAAUCAUUCCAAAAAGGAAGCGCUGGUGUUAAGAGUAAAAUCCUCCGGGAAAAUCGUGUAACAGUCUCAACAUGACCGCUAAUAAGUAUUCCAUACUGCUACCAACGUACAAUGAGCGAGAAAAUCUUCCUAUCAUUAUCUGGCUCAUUGUUAAAUACAUGCAAGAAGCGAACAUCGAUUACGAAGUGAUCGUCAUCGACGAUGGCAGCCCCGACGGAACUCUGGACGUCGCCAAAGAGCUGCAGAAAAUCUACGGUGAAAAUCGGAUUCUGUUGCGACCGCGAGCAGCGAAGUUGGGCCUCGGAACGGCCUACAUUCAUGGAAUCGAGCACGCAAAUGGCAAUUUCAUCAUAAUUAUGGACGCUGAUCUGAGCCAUCACCCAAAGUUCAUUCCGCAGUUCAUCGAGCUCCAGCAGUCGGGCAAUUAUGACGUCGUUUCCGGCACUCGCUACAAAGGAGAAGGCGGCGUCUACGGGUGGGACUUCAAGCGGAAGCUAAUCUCUCGGGGCGCUAACUUCUUGUCUCAACUGUUGCUUCGGCCGAAUGCAUCCGAUCUGACCGGAUCGUUCCGACUGUACAAGAAGGAAGCGCUGAAGGAGCUUAUCUCGCGCUGCAAGUCCAAGGGAUACGUCUUCCAGAUGGAGAUGAUUGUGCGAGCUCGUCAGCUGAAUUACACCGUUGGGGAGGUACCGAUUUCCUUCGUGGAUCGCGUCUAUGGUCAGUCCAAGCUGGGAGGUUCGGAGAUCGUUCAGUUUGCCAAGAAUUUGCUGUAUCUGUUUGCUACUACGUAAUGUAGUACCGGCGUAUUUGUUUAAAUUUUCAAGUUAUAUUUCCUUGCAUUUACUGUAAAUAUAAAAUAUCUAUGAAGAAAUA